AUGACGUAUCAAGACUUACCAUCUCGUCAAAAAUCACAACGAAUAAUCAACCGAUUAAAGAGUCAACAACAACAACUACAAUUCCAACAGUAUAAACAACGAGCCAAGAAUAUUUCUAACAUCAAUGAACUAUUACCGGGCUUAAAUGAUAUUAGUGAUGCCUUUGAGGCCUUACCUUUAGAGUUGAUCAAAUAUUUCACCUUAUUAAAAGAAAUUGAUGCUAAAUGUAUAAACUCUAUUCCUCAAAUAAAUUAUCUUAUUAAGACUCAUAUUGAAGGCUUACAUGAAGAAAAGAAGAAAUCUAAUUCUCCAGAAGGUGAAUCUACUAAAACAAGUUCGUCUAAUAAUGAUCUUAACAGAUUAUCACUCAUUAAAUCUAAAAUUAAUGAAAUUAUUCCAUGUUUAGAAGAAAAAAUGCAUGUUACAUCAGUAGCUACAGAUUUAUUGAAUAAACAUAUGUAUAGAAUUAAUGGUGAUUAUAAGUUAAUUAUUAAUAAUAAUGAAAUACCAGAAUCUAUUAGGAUUGGUCCAUUAAAUCAUCCAGCUAUGAUUAUGGAUUCAAAUUUUUUAAAUGCAAAUACUAAUGGUGCUGAUAGGUCAGCUCAAUCUCAAAGAAGUGAAAGUAGAAGAGAAGCUUUGGCUGCUAAGAAGGCAAAUAAAGAAGAUGUUGAUGAUGGACAUGUAGGUACUAAAAAGAAGAGAUCAUCUAAUAAGGAAAUUACACCUUUAGAAAGUGGACCUAUUUCUGGAUCAAAUAGUGGUAAAGCUAGUGCAACUUCAAAUAAUUUAGGAUCAAAUUCAUCAAGUAAUGGCCCUAAGAAAAGAUCAAGAAAAGAUGCUGAUGAGAAACAAAGAGCAGGAACUCCAGCUUCAGCAGCAAAUGCCAAUUCAUCAUCUAAUGGUUAUAAUUCAAAUAAUUCAAAUAAUACAGGUAAUAAUGGACCAGCAAAAAAGAAAUCAAAACCUAAGAAAGAAGAUAUUGAUAUUGAAUCUCGUGAUCCAAAUGGAGUUCAUGGACCAGAAAAAUUAAAAAUUGAAAGUGUUACAGUUACUAGUCAAAAAUCUUCAUCAAAUGUUGAACCAACUUAUUGUUAUUGUAAUCAAGUAUCAUUUGGUGAAAUGGUAGGAUGUGAUGGAGAUGAUUGUAAGAGAGAAUGGUUCCAUUUACCAUGUAUAGGAUUUAAAAAUCCUCCUAAGGGUAAAUGGUAUUGUGAUGAUUGUUUAAUUAAAAUGAAAAAAGUGAAGAAGAUUUAG